AACUCAAAACUAUGAGUAGAUUCUUCGUUCUAAUUUUGAGCUUUGCUAUUUUAAUUGGUAUUGGUGACAGUCAAAAGCCAAAACUAGGUAGACGAUGGUUUCAAGAAAUAAUACGAUUCGCGAAUGCCAGUGUUCAAGAAAAAUUAGUAAGGAACUUGGAGCGGCAAAAUUGGACACUUCCUGCCAUCAAGAUUUUGGACAGUUGGAUGGCCAAGUACUGGUAUAGAUCAAAAGAGACCCAUUGGCCAUGGAAAGGAAAGGAUGGUAUUCGGCACAAAUAUAUAACAGUGUCAUAUCAAUUUAAGGCCACGAAAAACUAUAUUAAUUAUUUGUGUAAAACUGCAGUCGAGCAAGAGAUUUUGAAUAGUGCAGAUGCAGAAAAGAUAAGGAAACUUUUUUGGGAGCUUGAUGAAACAUACUUUUUCGAUGAUCUAACAAAAAGGCUGUUCGAUCCGAAACUUGCAGAAUAUAAAAAGCUAAACGUGAAUAUUGAAAAGAUUGUGGAUCUGGAGGCUAUUUCGGACAAAUAUCUCAAAGACAAGAAACAAUACGCACUUUUGAGACUGACAUAUUUUGACAUUUAAAUUGGACCUUCAAUAAGUUCUUAAUAUCUGGUUCUAGAGAAAAUGGCUUGAACUUUUUCUAAAAAUAUUCUGAAAUAAAUUUCUCAUCCAAU